GGUCCUUGUGGGUGCACCAAAGGCAGAUUCCAAAUACAGCACUUCAGUGAAGUCCCCUGGGGCUGUGUUCAAGUGCCGUGUCCACACCAACCCUGACCGGAGAUGCACAGAACUGGACAUGGCUCGAGCGAAGAAUCGGGGUGCAUCCUGUGGAAAGACCUGCCGGGAAGACCGGGAUGAAGAGUGGAUGGGGGUGAGCCUGGCCCGGCAGCCCAAGGCCGAUGGCCGCGUGUUGGCCUGUGCCCACCGCUGGAAGAACAUCUACUAUGAAACAGACCACAUCCUGCCCCACGGCUUCUGCUACAUUAUCCCGUCCAACCUCCAGGCCAAAGGCAGGACGCUGAUCCCUUGCUAUGAAGAGUAUAAGAAGAAGUACGGAGAGGAACACGGCUCCUGCCAGGCUGGGAUAGCAGGCUUCUUCACUGAGGAGCUGGUGGUAAUGGGUGCCCCAGGGUCAUUUUAUUGGGCUGGGACUGUCAAAGUACUGAACCUUACAGCCAACACCUAUUUCAAACUGAAUGAUGAAGUGAUCAUGAACAGGCGGUACACCUACCUGGGCUAUGCUGUGACCGCUGGCCACUUCUCUCAUCCGUCCACUGUUGAUGUGGUAGGAGGCGCCCCGCAGGACGAAGGCAUCGGAAAGGUUUAUAUUUUUAGAGCUGAUCGAAGAUCAGGCACCUUAAUUAAGAUUUUUCAGGCAUCAGGUAAAAAGAUGGGCUCUUACUUCGGCUCCUCCUUAUGCGCAGUUGACCUGAAUGGCGACGGCCUCUCUGACCUGCUGGUGGGGGCCCCUAUGUUUUCUGAGAUCAGGGAUGAGGGGCAGGUCACCGUCUUCAUCAACAGAGGAAAUGGAGCCCUCGAGGAGCAGCUGGCCCUGACUGGGGAUGGCGUCUACAAUGCACACUUUGGGGAGAGCAUCGCCAGCUUGGGUGAUCUCGAUGAUGAUGGGUUCCCAGAUGUGGCCAUUGGUGCACCCAAGGAGGAUGACUUCAUGGGGGCAGUCUAUAUCUAUCAUGGUGAUGUCUCUGGGAUAAUCCCCCAGUACUCAAUGAAACUGUCUGGCCGGAAGAUAAAUCCAGUUCUACGGAUGUUUGGUCAGUCCAUAUCAGGAGGUAUUGAUAUGGAUGGAAAUGGUUAUCCUGAUGUCACUAUUGGAGCCUUCAUGUCCGACAGUGUGGUUCUUGUAAGAGCGAAACCCGUCAUCACGGUGGACGUCUCCAUCUUCCUCCCAGGCUCCAUCAACAUCACGGCGCCUCAGUGUCACGAUGGACAGCAGCCUGUGAACUGCCUGAAUGUCACUGCCUGCUUUAGCUUCCAUGGCAAACAUGUUCCGGGAGAAAUUGGUCUGAAUUACGUUCUCACGGCUGAUGUGGCCAAAAAGGAGAAAGGCCAGCUGCCCAGAGUCUACUUUGUGUUGCUGGGAGAGACUGUGGGUCAGGUCACAGAGAAGUUGCUGCUGGCCCACACGGAGGAAAUGUGUCAUCACUACACGGCCCAUGUGAAG